ACUGUUCUGCACCCUCUGUGUGUAAAAUAUCCCCCUUCCACCAAGUACAGAAGAUGCUUUCUAACUGAACUCAUCAAAAAGCAUGAAUCCGCAGCAGCUGAACCCCUGGAUGAACUGUAUGAUACGCUGGCAGGUAUUUUAAACGAAGAAGAAUCCACUCACUGUUACAAAAACUACUUACUGCCCACGGGAGAAUCUGUUACCCUUUCUGAGAGCGUGGCAAUUAUCUCUGGAGGAACGACGGGGCUCGUCACGUGGGAUGCUGCUCUUCAUCUCGCUGAGUGGGCAACAGAGAACUCCACAGUUUUCAGUAACAGGACAGUCUUGGAACUAGGAAGUGGGAUCGGCUUCACUGGAAUUGCAAUCUGUAAAACCUGCAAUCCCAAGACGUACAUAUUUAGUGACUACCACCCCUGUGUUCUCAAACAGCUGACAGAAAACAUCCGUUUGAAUGGCUUUGUCUUGGAGCCUGAAACUACUCGUCACAUCCAAACAGAGCCCCAGGGCCAGGAGGCAGAAGCAACGAAUUGCCAAAAACCAAAACUAAUUGUUGCAGAACUUGACUGGGGCUCAGUUACAGAAAAACAACUGUUGGAUCUUCAACCUGACGUCAUCAUUGCAGCAGAUGUGGUAUAUGAUCCAGAGAUAAUUUUAGCCCUUAUUGGUAUGCUACAAAAACUCUCUACUUUCAGAGCAGGUAGAAAGCCUCCUGAGAUCUACAUUGCUUUCACAAUUCGUAAUCCAGACACGUAUCACCUGUUCCAGGCUGAACUCGAUAAAGUUGGGAUCGGACGGCAGAUUAUCCCAGCCCACAGCAACAGUAUUUUUCUCUAUGACGUGCAGCCAAACGUAACUCUUCUACAGCUAUUUAUAUAG